AUGCAGAACAGGCUGACUGAACACGCGCGCACACACACAAUUAUAAAGAAAACGGUGACGAGAGCGCAGCCCCACGGCGUUGACAAUAAAAAAAAGCAUAUAUCUAGCAAGAGUUUUGGCGAACCGGCCAAGCCAAAAUCGAAUCGAACUGAGCAUGCAUCGAACAGGAAUAAAAUCGAACGACAGUUGAGGCAGACGUCCCGCGACUGCUGCCUCUUACUGUCCUUGAGCAGAUAG